AUCAAGAGAUACCUGUAAUUUCUCAAAAUAUGACUAAAAUUCUUGAAGUCACAGACAUAUUAAUUUUAGAGCAAAACAAGCAAGACUUAUCACAAUCUUAUGAGGGAGUUCACCAGGCGCCUUCUGAAUAUUCUGAGCGAGAAAAGAAUGAACAAUUCGAUAUAUUUUCCGAAUCUACUGAAUUUGUUCCGAUGGAACACAAUUUGUUUUUGGAAGCACUGGCCGAUCCCGAGGAAGGAAUGAGUUUUAAGUGA